UACCGUAAGGAUAAAAUAGUUUGAUUCUUAUGAGUCUUAAGGCAUUACACACCUGUUUUGGACUUCAUUUUCAUUAUUAAGCCUAUUUCUGACCUGUGGUGUUAGAACACUCAGACCGCACCAGUGACUGUUGUGAGAUCAGCCUAUGACAGGGCAACUAAAGAAAACACAAAGAUCAAACAAACGAGCAUUGUUCGACGUCAAGAAACUGGUCUGAACCUGACAUCUAUCUUCUGUCCUUUGUUGACAGCAACUGGUUGAGGUAUUGAAUAAUCAUUAAGACAACUAACUCGUAAGUGCUCAUAUUCUACAGGAAGAGGCGAGAUGAGUACCAGCAGGAAAUGAAGAGGAGAAUGGACCCGGAUGUGGGUUAAAUGAUUGGUAUAUUUAUGGCCAGGAAGUGUAACUGUUCCUCAGUGGUGACGGGUGUGCAGAAAGUCAUUGCACAGCACAUCCGUUGUGCACCUCUUGGAGUUGAGCUGAAGAAGGGUGUUUGAUUAAGACACAUGCCGACAUAAGAAGUAUAGCAGUAAUUGCCAAGUUACCGUUUAUGUGGAGAUGGAUACCCCACUUACACCCAUCCAGGAGAGUCAAUAGCGAGCUUUACACCUCGUUGCCCUGUCCUCUGCAGCCUGAGCUUCUGAGGUUCACCAUCAUGGAAAGGAAUCUCAUUUUUCCUGUCCAGUCGCACUAUCAGGAAACGGAUGGGUUUGAGGCAGAACAACCUGAGCCGUACUUGGAGGCCAAGUUGUACAUUGAAAGGAUGGAGCAAGAGAGUAAGAGACGUCAGAAAGAAGCAUGCAAGGAUGGAAGCGACGGACCACUGCCCCCGGAUGGCCCGGAACCCUUAGAGCAUGGGGUGUCUGUGACAGUGUACCCCAUUAGGAUUCCCAGCGUGCAUUUGACUUGUGCUACCGUGCAAUGGGAUGUGCCCUCGCCCUCGAGCUCUGUGAAUGAGAUUAACUGUAGAGAUGGAGCUUGCUUGGAUUUGGUAGUUGAUCCCUUGUCCUCAGACAUGCCUUCCUUGAGCCAGGAGGAUAUUACUGUCUUGAUCCCAGAGAAGGAGCAUAGACAGACAGACACUGUAUUGCAGCAAGUGCCAAAUGUAACUGCAAAAGCCCAAGAUGACUCCUCCCAGAUGUAUCAUACACCAGACAUGAAUGAAAAUGUAUGCAUAAUGCCAUCAAAUGAGAAGGACCAAGCACCAUUCAAAGACACUUCACGGACAUCAGUGGCCAGUGAAGAUAAUGGAUCUGGAACAUUUGAUAAGAAUUUUGAAAAAAUACAAAGCAAUGUCAGCAGCGAGGACUCAGAGAUCCAGUUUUGCAUUGAGAGCUCGGAUGCUCUGGAAGAGAAAAACAAAAACAUAAAAGACACAGCAGCAGAAGCUAAGCAAUCACUGGGGGACGCAGGAACAACAAACGCAUGCAUGGAGCUUUACUCCGAGGAAGGCAGGGAGAGACGUGGCAGUAGUGAAAAUGAUCUUUGCCAUUAUGAAGAGGACAUAGAUUCUAAACACCAUUCAAGAACAGCUGGCCAAAAUUUAGAAGAAGACCAUUCACAGCAAACUGAGGAGCCUAACUUAAUGGAAAGGUCCAAUCAAACGCAUCCGUCCAGUACUGCAGCAUCAGGUGAAAAGGCAGAGCUGCCACCUGAAUUUCCCUGUGGUGCUAAGCAAUCGAUAGAGGAAAUAGAUUCUGAAAUGGUGAAGCCAAAGAUGGAUCCAGAGUUAUCACAAUCAGAACAGUUAGAGACAACAGGAAAUUCUGACAAGUCACAGCAAGUCAUAUCUGUUGCAACACUGGAUAUGACCAGUAAUGAAAUGGCUCAGCUGGAGCAAUUACAACAUGAGAAGCUGCAAGAAUCCAUGCAGGUCUGCAGGCCAGAGGAACAGAUAUGUGGUGGGCAUGUAGAAAGCUCACUUGAAAUGGAACCUCCUGAAGAUACACAACAAAUAGAAUGGCUAACAGGAAUAGAACCCUCACAUCAGGUAGCACAGUACAAUUCUUCAGAUGAGGUAGAACAAUGUGAACAGUCAAAACAUCAAGAAGAUUCACUUGAUAAGAAGCUCAUAGAAGACUUCAAGCAAUCUGGAUGUUCUGAAAUAGAACCCUCAAGACAGCCAAAUGAAUCAAAAAUCUUGAGUGUGAGAGAAUCUUCUGAGCUGUCAAAACAAUCUGAGUUUUCUGUUGAGAAAAAACCCUUGGAAUAUUCCGAUGAAUCAGACAUUUCUCAUGAGGAAAAACUUUCUAAACAAUCAAAACAAAAUGAAUGCUCCAGUGAGGAAGAACUAGAGAGACAGGUUCUACAGACACCACUGAUGCCAGAGUCUGUAGAACCUGUGGUUCUGUAUGAGAACGGCAACGCACAGGUUACGGACAGGGAGAAGGCCCGCAAGCUUGCUGAGAGACUCUACAGGCUUGAGAAUAUUCAGCGUACAGAUGUGGUCCAACAUCUGGACAAAGACAAUGACUUCAGUCGUGCUGUUGGUGAGGAGUACCUUAAGUUCUUUGACUUCACAAACCAAAACCUGGAUGAAGCUAUUCGGUCCUUUCUGAAUGAGGUGGUUCUGAUUGGCGAGUCUCAGGAGAGGGAGCGGGUCCUGGAAUGUUUCUCUAACCGCUACCAGCAGUGCAACGCUGACAUGUAUAAUUCAGCUGGGGCCGUGCACACGCUCACGUGUGCUUUGAUGCUGCUUAACACAGACCUGCAUGGACAGAAUGUUGGCAAAGCGAUGUCCUUUACUGACUUUGUGUCUAAUCUGAAUGGGAUGAACGAAGGAGAAAAUUUCAACAAAGACUUAUUGAAGACGCUUUACAACUCGAUCAAGAAUCACCAGCUUGAGUGGGCAGUCGAGGAGACGUAUCUGGUGAAAUCAAUGAGCUUGGACCCGGAAUCGGAUCAGGAUGCAUCCCUUCGCUCAAAGAGCAACCCAUUCCAGGACAUCGCACAUGACAAGAAGGCUACCGUUUUCCAGAAAGGCUUCUUGAAGCGCAAAGCACAUGCUGACAUAGAUGGCAAGCGCACUCCUUGGGGAAAGAGAAGUUGGAAGAUUUUUUAUGCAGUACUUAAAGGAAUGGUGCUCUACUUACAGAAGGAUGAAUACAGAAAGGAUUGGCAGAGUUCCGAGGAGGUGCUUAGUAUUCAUCAUGCCCUGGCUGAGAGAGCGCAGGACUACACCAAGAGACCUCAUGUGUUCCGCCUGCAAACCGCUGACUGGAGGGUCUUCCUCUUUGAGGCAGCGUCAACAGAGCAGAUGAACUCGUGGAUUGGCCGACUUAACCUGGUGUCGGCUUUAUACUCCUCUCCUCCGUUUCCUGCAGCUGUAGGCUCUCAGAGGAGAUUCUGCAGGCCCAUCCUACCUGCAACUCAGUCUGCACUCACUCUGGAGAAGCAGCUGCAGUCUCAUGCAGCCUCGCUGCAGUCCUUUCAAGAGGACCUGAAUGCACUACAGCAGGGGGUGCCAGAGGGCCGCAAGAAAGCCAGAGAAAUGGAGGAGCACAGACUCAGAGAGGAGUAUCUACAACAUGAGAGAUGUCGUUAUGAGACUUAUGUUCAAAUACUGGAGGUCUGGCAGACACUCAGCAAGUCUUCAGAAACAGCUAGUGGGACAGACCUUACUCAUUUUGACAAAGAGCUGUGGAAAGGAAUCGCCAUGGAAGAUGAGGAGGAUGAUGAGAUCGAUGGAGGGAUGAUGCGAUCUCAUUCCAGUCCAUCUCUCGAGCUAGAAGUAGCUCCUCCACCGAUUGUGAAAGUGAGGCGUAACAUCUCAGAGAGACGGACAUAUCGGAAGAUAGUUAUUCCUCGACGUAACAAGGAGUUAUGAGACAAAAUGGAACAAGACUUUAUUACCCAGUCCUGUACGAGUAGUGCAGAAGCGCUUCAAAAGGCCAAUUACCAUUGCAACAGUGUUUAUAAAGCUAUGCUACAAGCAUCUCUCAGACCUCAGGUUAUUUCAUGUUUUGCUGUUUACUUCUUAUUUACCAGUUCUGUGCUUCUUACCGUUCUCAGUUUGUCCCCUUUUCUCCUACUCACUGAUACUGUCCACAAGAGGGCAGUAUUGAACGGGUAAUAGCGAGUACCAAUUGCCUUCAUCUGAGAUUUGCUAUAGAGACACAUUUCUACAGAUGGUUUCCUGAUCAGUCACCACAGGCCAUACUCUUUUCUUUCACAUUCUACCGAGUGCUAGACAGUUAAUGAACAGUGAAAAGUGAGAUCAUAAAAGCUCUCAAUAGUGGCAUUUAUAGUUAGCAUUUUGAGCCCAUUUUGAUGUCAUAUUUUGCACAUUUGUUUAAGAUGUCCAUUUUACUUUGAUAUAAGUAACUUGGAGUUUAAAUUAUGUUAAAGUUUUAUCAUGAUCAAGAUACAAUGUGUAAAUCUAUUCUAUAAUAUUCAUUUAAAAAGUAAUGCAUAUGUAUGUUGCAUUUUUUUUUUUUAAAUGUAUUUUGAAGUCUAGGCCAAAUGCGUUUCUGUAGCGCAAAGAAAAAAAAACAAUAAAGGAAAAAUACC